GGACCAGGCUGUGAUCGUUUUGUGGAGGGAGAAAGAAAAACAGAAAGAAAGAAGAAAAAAAAAACAGAACCUGAUUCAUGGGCUCCUAAACGAGUGGGACUUGUUAAUCGGAGCGUUUGAACGGGCGCGGACUUGGAGGAGAAAAAGGGCGCGUGGAGCUGGAGAGAAGUCACUUCUCAUGCAGAGCGCGUGAGCAGAGGACAGCUCCUACACCUCUCUGCGUCCUUCAUCAGCUGGACACAGGAAAGAAAGAAAGGUGUGCGAAUCAUUAUCUCCGGCUCCUUUUUAUUUAUUUUAUUUUUGUUUUGUUUUGCGGACAAUCCAGCCGGCUGAUGAUCGACUACUAUCUGAUGAAAAGCCCGGCACUUCCGCCUGCUAUCUGCCUGGAAAGGAGGCAUCAGGAAACUGAAGAGUGGAGACAGCGUGUCCUGAAUACAAAAGAGGGCAACUAUUGACACCAAGACCCCCAGUCUCCCCGCGUGGACAAAGCUGAAGGGACUAUCUCUGCGCAGGAUUCAGAUUGAUAUCACUUUCCCCCUCCUCUUUUAACAGAUCAUCACCCAGAGAUGCGCAUUUACUAACCCUUAUAAAGCGCACGAGGGAAUUGUUCCUUAUUAUUAUUAUUAUUAUUAUGGCCUCGCUGUAUCAGAGGUUCACCGGGAAGAUCAACACCACCAACUCGUUCCCGCACCCACCUGAGGCCAGCCACCUCCUGGGGGGCCACCAGGUCGCGGACGAGGAGAACGGAACCAAGACGGGUCCGCAGCUGGCCGACGGCAGAGCGCGCGCCCUGCACCGGAUAAAGUGUGUGCGAGAGGACGAGGAUGACCUGGUGGGCAGCGCGCCGCCUCAGAGGAACUGGAAGGGAAUAGCGAUCGCCCUGCUGGUCAUCCUGAUCAUCUGCUCCCUGAUCGUCACCUCUGUUAUCCUGCUGACCCCUAAUGAAGAUGACAGCCUGGCUCUUAAGAAGAAAGUCACCGUCGAGGACGUCUUCGGUACGGACCUCCACAUCCACGACCCAGAAUCCAAAUGGCUCAGUGACAAUGAGCUGCUGUUUCGAUCGAGGGACGGAGAUGUUAUCAAGUUUAAUGUCGACACAAACGAGCAGAGCGUCGUUGUGCAAAACCUGCUCUUUGACAGAUCCAGAGCUGCCAAGUAUCAGGUGUCCCCAGACAUGCAGCACGUUCUGUUUGCCUUCGAUCUGAAGCCGAUCUACCAACACUCGUAUGUGGCCAAGUACAUCAUUUACAGCCUCGUGACACAGGAAACUUGGCCUUUAAAUCCCCCCGAGGUGCACGAGGCGGUCCUGCAGUUUGCCGGAUGGGGACCCCAGGGCCAGCAGCUGAUUUUCAUAUUUGAAAACAACAUCUACUACAGAUCAACAGUGGCGAGCCGAUCGAUCCGCCUGGUUUCCACCGGGAAAGAAGGAGUCGUCUUUAAUGGUCUGGCCGACUGGCUGUAUGAAGAGGAGAUGCUGCAGACCCCGGUGGCCCACUGGUGGUCUCCGGACGGGCUGCGCUUGGCCUACAUGACCAUCAACGACACGCUGGUGCCAAAAAUGGAAGUGCCGUUUUUCACUGGCACGCCAUAUCCCACCAGCCUGGACUAUCAUUACCCAAAGGCUGGAGAGGAGAACCCUGCCGUGCACCUGUCAGUGGUGAGCCUUCACGGACCCCUGCACACGGUGGUGAUGAGGAAACCUGACGACCCACGAAUCGGGAAAGAGUAUUACAUCACCUCGGUGAAAUGGGCCACCAGCACCAAGCUGGCAGUGAACUGGUUGAACCGAGCUCAGAACAACUCCAUCCUCACGCUGUGUGAGGCCACCACCGGAGUCUGCAUCAAGAAACAUGAAGACGAGAGUGAGAGCUGGUUGCAUCGGCAGAACGAAGCUCCGCUCUUCUCCAAAGAUGGACACAAGUUCUUCUUCACCAGAGCGAUCCCUCAGGGUGGACGAGGAAAGUUUUUCCACAUCUCCAUGUCCACCUCGUUGCCUAACACGAGUACAGACAUCCUUCAGUCCCUCACGUCUGGAGACUGGGACGUCACCAGCAUCUUGGCCUACAAUCAUGAAAGGAAMCUCAUAUACUUUCUGAGCACAGAGGACGACCCCAAGAGAAGACAUUUGUACAGCGCUGACACCAUCCCUCCUUUUAACCGCUGCUGCCUGUCCUGUGAGUUCAAGUGUGGCUACGUGGACGUGUCGUUCAGCCACAACAUGCGCUACUUCCUGUUGAACUGCAAAGGCCCAGAUAUACCGAGCGUGGCCGUUUACAGCACCGAGGACAGACAGAAGGUGUUCGACGUGGAGACAAAUGAGAGAGUAAACGACACGUUCAACAACAUGCAGAUGCCCAAAGUGGAGAAUAAGACCAUCACCAUCGAUGACUACACUCUGACCAUGCAGAUUCUGAAACCAGCAGGGUUCAUAAAUACAGCCCACUAUCCUCUGCUGCUGAUAGUUGACGGGACGCCCGGCGGGCAGAUGGUGACGGAGCGAUUCCAGGUGGACUGGGCCACCGUUCUCGUCAGCAGCUUCAGCACCAUCGUGAUCCGCUUCGACGGCCACGGCAGCGGCUUCCAGGGAACCAACCUCCUCCACAAGGUCCGCCAGAGGCUGGGCGAGCUGGAGGAGAGGGACCAGCUGGAGGCGCUCAGGUUCAUAUCCAAAGAACCGUACGUUGAUAAGACUCGAAUGGGAGUUUAUGGAAAGGCCUACGGAGGAUAUUUGGCAACRUUACUUCUGAGCUCUGAUAAGUUCAGUCAGCUGAAAUGUGGAGCCGCUGUUUCACCCAUCACUGAUUUCAAGCUAUAUGCAUCAGCUUUUUCAGAACGAUACCUCGGCCCAAAGACAGAUUCCAGGGUGUAUACGAAGGCAAAUUUAGCUCACAGAGCGGGUCAGCUGCUGGAGAAACAGUACCUCAUAAUUCACCCAACAGCUGAUGAAAAGGUUCACUUCCAGCAUACGGCCAAAUUUAUCAACCAUUUAAUCAGCGAGAAGGCUAAUUACACUCUACAG